UUACCAUAUAGUGUGCCGGGAAUCAUAUACAGUGGUCUAUGCUUUCUAUGUUAAGAAACGUCAAAACUCAAAACAUCGUGUCUUCUGGUUUUGGUGAGCUGAACUUUAUUUUUAUUUUUAUAGGGCUCUAUUUUAUUCUAGUUACUCUUAAUGAUACAUAAAAGCCAUAUAGCUUUUCAUUUAUGCGUGUCAUUUAUGUAGAAUUAAAUUAACAAAGAAUCAUAUAGUCUAGUAGUCAAAUGUAAAGUUACAAAUGAUAAUUAGAACAACCUUUGACUUUAUCAUUAAUAACUUACCAUUAAUUACAGAGAAUUGGGUAAAGAAAUGAACAAUAACUUACCAUUAAUUACAUUAGAGUCGUGAAUUGGGUAAAGUAAUAUGAACUGUAUCACCAAACCACAUAAAUAACCCACGUUAGUCUGUAAAUAGUGUGUUUUAUAAUGAGUGCAAACAUACAAGGUUGAUUCUUGUUUUGACUGAAAAAAAUAGUAAAGAAUAUGAUUUUUAGAGUUGUAAAAAUAAACGAUGUAUCACUAUUAACUCAAUAAUUGGUCCCAUUGAAGACCCAAAAGGCCUAAACUCUUUAGAUACCUUAAGCACUUGCCAAAAGGGAGGAAAAAAAGGUAAAGAAAAAGGAGUAAGUCAUCUUCACGUUCUUAAUCAGAAUGAAAAGUUAUUAUACUUUAAAAAAAAAAUAAAAAAAAAAUAAAAAAAAAAAAAGGAAAAGAGUAGUCGUGCAAUCAAUAAAUCUUAGUUUGGUUUUGGUUGGUAUUUCUAAGUUUGACUUCAUAAAUCUUCAUUGUACAAAUCCAUUUACUAUGACAUAUAUUUGUUGUUAUUUUCUGUUACUUUGUAGUGUGUAUCACGUUUUCUCAGCUUUUUCAACAAAUGUUGUUGCAAGUUGGAAAUCUUUGAAUGUCAAUUAACACGAUACAUGUUCUAUGGAGCAGUUCCUGGUGCAUGGUAAGGUAUUUUAUUGAACCCUUUGCUUAUUGGAAUGUAUAAAAUAGUGGAACAACAUUCUCUGAAUCUCAUGUAACAAACAGAAAAUCACUCACAUGCUGCUAUUGUUUAUAUCUUGUGACUAAACCUGUCAAAUUCAACACUCACAUGCUGUAGUUAUAUCUAUUAUAUAUAUAUAUGUGGCACAAAUAUAAUUUCAUAUACUUCUCACAUGAUCUUAUCCCUUGCUUAACAUUAUGGCCAACAUUCUCUGCUUCCAUUUGUUCCUUUUUGUUCUGUUUACAUUCUUAUCUCAAACACCAACUGAAGCUUACAACAAAGGGUUCAGUUUUAAACUAAUCCAUAAAAACUCACCCAAUUCACCCUUCUACAAAUCAAAUAACUUUCAUAAAAACAAACUUCGCUCAUUUUACCAAGUUCCGAAGAAAUCAUUUGUCCAGAAAAGUCCUUACACUAGAGUGACAUCCAACAAUGGUGACUAUCUCAUGAAGCUCACAUUGGGAUCACCACCAGUGGACAUAUAUGGUUUGGUUGACACAGGAAGUGACCUAGUGUGGGCACAGUGCACACCAUGUGGUGGAUGUUAUCGGCAGAAAAGUCCAAUGUUUGAGCCUCUAAGAUCCAAAACAUACAGUCCUAUUCCAUGUGAAUCAGAACAGUGUUCAUUCUUUGGUUACUCCUGCUCUCCACAAAAGAUGUGUGCUUAUAGUUAUAGUUAUGCAGAUUCGUCAGUGACAAAAGGGGUGCUUGCAAGGGAAGCAAUUACCUUUAGUUCUACUGACGGCGACCCUGUUGUUGUUGGAGACAUUAUAUUUGGGUGCGGACAUAGCAACUCAGGAACUUUCAACGAAAACGAUAUGGGAAUCAUUGGAAUGGGUGGAGGGCCUCUGUCCCUUGUUUCACAAAUUGGCACACUCUAUGGGAGCAAAAGGUUCUCCCAGUGCCUGGUUCCUUUUCAUACUGAUGCACACACUUCAGGAACAAUCAAUUUUGGUGAAGAAAGUGAUGUUUCAGGUGAAGGAGUAGUUACAACUCCUUUGGCCUCUGAGGAAGGUCAAACUUCUUAUUUAGUCACACUCGAAGGAAUAAGCGUUGGAGACACAUUUGUUAGAUUUAAUUCUUCUGAGACACUUUCCAAGGGGAAUAUAAUGAUUGAUUCAGGUACACCUGCAACAUAUAUCCCACAAGAAUUUUAUGAACGUCUGGUAGAGGAGCUGAAAGUACAGAGUAGCCUGUUACCGAUUGAGGAUGACCCGGAUUUAGGCACACAACUUUGUUACAGAAGUGAGACAAAUUUAGAAGGGCCAAUCUUGACCGCUCAUUUUGAGGGGGCAGAUGUGCAAUUGCUGCCAAUACAAACCUUCAUUCCACCAAAAGAUGGGGUAUUUUGCUUUGCAAUGGCUGGCAGUACUGAUGGAGACUAUAUAUUUGGUAAUUUUGCUCAAUCAAACAUUUUGAUGGGAUUCGAUUUAGACAGAAAGACAAUCUCCUUUAAACCAACCGAUUGCACCAAUCAAUAGAGAUAAUUUUAAUGUAAUUUUUAGUGUUAGUGAUACCUAUAAUUUGUGGUUGGGGUUGGGGUCAAGAGAAAUAUCAGAAAUAUAUAAUUGUUCACAAAAAAUUAUAUGUACUGUAUUGUGACUUUACAGAAGGAAUAUUAGAACCUUGUUUUAAUUCUA